CACAGAACGCCACGCCCAUUUUUCCCUCCACUCGUCAUCUCCUCUACAGUCUUGCAGACCCCACAGCGAGAGAAAGAGAGCGGACUCCUGACCAAGGUGAGGAGAGAAAGAGAGAGAGAGAGAGAGGGAAGCUCCUCGAAGUUUUUUGGUGGUGUAGAUCCUUACCAGAGAUAAGGGGACGAUCUCAACAAAGAAAGGAUAAGAAGAAGAAGAAUCAAACGAGAAUCCUCUGUGGUGCCGCUUCAGGAGAGAUUUCCAUCAAUCUCGUGGCUUAUCGCUCUGUAGGAGUAGGAGGCGAUCUUCGAGUGAUAUGGCGUCGAGUUUGGCUCUCAAGCACCUGGGGGAGGCUCGUCGGCGGAAUGGCAUCGAAUCUGUGGCGCGAUAAGUUGAUAGAGCACGUUUCUACCUUCACCUUGCGCAGCUAGCGCGGAAGAGGAGACACUUGUCCAUUGCAAUUCCUGUCGUGAGAUGAGUUCCUGUGAGGCGCCCUACACUCUUCUCGGUUUCCUUCUCAGUAAGGGAGACAUCGAUGGGCAUGAUACUUGCUUUGCUGGAUCACACCUACUGAAGAGCUAUGCUGUGAGGCAGGUCAACGCCUUGCUAUGGAUCUCGCUCAUCGUGGUCACCGGUUUACUCGUUCAGAGGAUAGCCCGCUUGCUAAGGUUCUGGUGUCAAGGAAGCCGGCUCCCUGGCCCUCCUUGCCCAAGUUUCUAUGGCCACACAAGGGAGAUCUACAAGGGCCAGAACCCUAAUCAGUUUGAUGAUCUGACAGAGUUUUUGUCCAAAUCGCACGAACAGUAUGGACCGGUUGUUAGGUUAUGGAUGGGGCCAACGCAGCUGCUGGUAUCAGUGAACGACCCGGAGUUGAUCAAGGAGAUGCUUCAUAGGGCAGUGGAUAAGUUGCCACUGACAGGGAAAGCAUUUAGGAUGGCGUUUGGGCGGUCAAGUCUGUUUGCGUCGGCCUUUGAGAAGGUAAGAAAUGGAAGGAAAUCAUUGGCAAUGCAGUUGGAUGAAAAAUUGGUAGAUACAGCUUAUGCAGUUCCAGCCAAAGUGGUUGACCCAAUAAUGGAAAAUAUUGAUUCUUUUAUAUCUGAAGGAGUACAUGAUUGUCGAUCAGUGUCACAGCAAAUGUCUUUCUCAAUUCUUGGGGCAACACUUUUUGGUGAUGCAUUUUUGGUUUGGGCUAAGGCCCGCAUGUAUGAAGAGCUUCUCAUGACGAUUGCCAAGGAUGCUUGCUUUUGGGCCUCGUAUAAAAUUCCCCCCUUCUGGAAGAAAAGCUUUUGGAGAUAUCAGCAUUUAUGCAAGAGGCUGAAACAGUUAACUCAAGAUAUACUUCUAGAGUCAAAGCAUCAAGCUGGAGUGAUGAACCCAACUGAAAAAUGCUCUGAUAAUAUAGCUUCAAAUAUUAAUGUGUUUGAUAGUUUUGAUUCAACAAGUCGUCCAGAGAAUGCAUUCACACGUUCUGAGGACCGUGCUGGUUUGAUGGAGGAAUCUUAUGCGAACAUUAUGGGAGUGAUGUUUCAUGGAUGUCUAGCAACUGCUGGCUUGAUUGGCAGUGUGCUGGCCAGGCUUGUAAUGCACCCAGAGGUUCAGGAAAAGAUUUAUGCUGAGAUAAACAGGGUCGGUGUGCAAUCAUCUCUUCCAGAUGCACAUGAAGUUCAGAAAAUGCAUUUUUUACUUGCAACUGUAUAUGAAUCUGCUAGACUUUUACCUGCUGGACCUCUGCUGCAGCGAUGUUCCUUGAAGCAUGAUUUGAAGCUUAGAAGAAAUAUAACCCUACCUGCUGGAGCAAUUCUGGCUGUGCCAGUACAGCUGGUACAGAUGGAUGAUUCUAGUUGGGGAAGUGAUGCCCAUAAAUUUAAUCCAGACCGUUUCUUGUUGGGGAAGGAUGGUGGUGCUAACGUUCAUGAAGAUUCAGGAGAAUGCAAGGAUGCUGAGGGAAAAUCAUUUGUGCUAAAUGAUCCCAAUGCUAAUGCAGCAUUUCUUCCCUUCGGUUCUGGUGCAAGGGCAUGCGUUGGACAGAGAUUCGCAAUCCUUGGAAUAGCUACACUUGUUGCCUGUUUGGUGCGUCGUUAUGAGAUACGGCUUGCACCAGGCUCUGUUAAGGAUCCAAAACCAGCAAUGAAUGAUUGUGUUCUUCAACUGCUUCCGAGCCCCAAGAUCACCUUCAUUAGUAGGGACGAGUAAAUACAGGCAGCUCUUAAGUUGGCAAUUUUUUUUUACUGGCUGUCAAUAUGGUCAGGGUACUAUUAAAGCAUAUUUUUAGGUGCUGGAUUGUGUUCGUUAGGUCCUAGUUUUUCCUCCCGAUAUCUUUUCUGAGAGAGAAUGUAUCCUUCAGUUUUUUCCUCCUGGUUUUUAUGGUCGCUCAAGUGGUGUAAUAUCGGGUCGCUGAGAUAUGGGGUGCGACUCUUGUAAUACUUGGGACAGAUUCCAAGGGGAUGUGUAAAAUAUACACCUCUGUUCUUUUUGCUCCCUUCGAGGGAGUUUCCGUUGUAUUUCUAUGUUCCUGUUUCAAGGAUGUUUAGUAAAACUAGAAAUGCAAUCACGGUAGUUCAAGGAUUUGA